AAACUGACAAAAGCACAUGUUGCCCCAGACAACCUUCAGAAGAUGAGUGUCCGACUUGCUACACAGCUGUUCAGCCGCGGAACGGCUAUUGGCAUCCGAAUAUACAGAGAAGCCGGUACUGAAGGCCUGAGGGGCUCUGAGGGAACCGAAGUAUUCACCAGACACCUGAAUGACCUGUUCGAUGCUUUGAACAUAAAGCUACCCGAAAGAGGCAUCAAACGCCACUCAAAGGAAAUACAGGUCAUCAAGGACUUCUUGGAAAUGCUGAAUUCCACAGAAAAGAACUCCGUGGAGCAAGGUCUCAAGCUCUUUGCAUCGCAACAAACCACUCAAUCUCUGCGUGUUACCUUGAUGUCAACGCUUGAAGUCAUCGAGUUCUUGCUGGAUGAGGGCGCACACUAUGUUUUGACAGCAAAAUUGAACCAGGAUCCCUUGGAGCGCCACUUCGGACUUGUUCGUUCAUUCGGAGGAGAUGAAUCUCACCCUACCGUGGUCAACUUUACUCAGAUCUUCCGCCUUCUCAGUUUGUACACACCUAUAAAGACCGCAAUGCGCGGCAGUGUGCAAGGUGUACCAGGGAAUGUGCUUGCCAGCGUACAGGACACAUUGCGGACAACAAGAGAAGUUCAGCGCACCAAACAUGCUUGCUUGCGGAAAUUUAUAGAGAAAAAACUGCUAAGAAUUGCGACGGCGGCAACGGACCAGCCGAAAACGGAAGCAUCGAAGGCACCGCUACUGCUGAACAUUGCCGGUGACGGCGCAUUGGACGUCUUCAACAACCUCCAGUUCGGGCCGAACGAGAAGAAUAACGACUACAGCACCGCGGUGUCGCUGGUGCACCGAAAGGGUUCUCCGGACAUGACGUGA